CUGGGCAAGGGGCAGCCAGUGCACCAGCUACUGUCAAAGCCCCUUUCCCUGGUGGCAAGAGACUCGUGAUGUUCUGGACCCGUCGGGCACUCUCCUCCCUCGCUGGGCCCUCCUCUGGGGACUGGCGGCCCCUGAACUUCGAUGGCGGGGCCUUCCACCUCAAGGGCACAGCAGAGCUGGCCCGGGCUCUGCUGGUGCUGCGGCUGUGUGCCUGGCCCCCUUUGGUCACCCACGGGCUGGCGCUCCAGGCCUGGGCUCAGCGCCUCCUGGGCGCGCGGCUCUCCGGUGCGCUUCUCCGAGCAUCUAUCUACGGGCAGUUUGUGGCUGGGGAGACGGGAGAGGAGGUGAGGGGCUGUGUCCGGCAGCUCCAGGCCCUAGGCCUCCGGCCUCUGCUGGCGGUGCCCACUGAGGAGGAGCCGGACUCGGCUGCCAAGACAGGUGAGGCCUGGUACGAGGGAAACCUCAGUGCCAUGCUGCGGUGCGUGGACCUGUCGCGAGGCCUCCUGGAGACCCCCGACCUGGCUGGGAAGAACCUUAUGCAGCUGAAGGUGACGGCGCUGACCAGCACGCGGCUCUGUAAGGAGCUAACCUCGUGGAUCACAAGGCCAGGGGCCUCCUUAGAGCUGAGCCCAGAGAGGCUGGCAGAAGCCAUGGACUCUGGGCAGAACCUCCAGGUGUCCUGCCUCAACACCGAGCAGAACCAGCAUCUCCAGGCUUCUCUGAGCCGCUUGAACCAGGUGGCACAGUAUGCCCGGGCCCAGCAAGUGAGGCUCCUGGUGGAUGCUGAGUACACCUUCAUCAACCCUGCGCUCUCUCUGCUGGUGGCCGCCCUGGCUGUGCGCUGGAACAGCCCCAGGGAAGGCGGGCCCUGGGUGUGGAACACUUACCAGGCCUAUCUGAAGGACACACCUGAACGACUGGGACGUGAUGCCGAGGCGGCGCGCAGGGCGGGCCUGGCCUUUGGAGUGAAGUUGGUACGAGGGGCCUAUCUGGACAAGGAGAGAAAAGUGUUCCAGCUCCAGGGGACAGAAGAUCCCACUCAGCCUGACUAUGAGGCCACCAGUCGGAGUUACAGCCGCUGUCUGGAGUUGAUGCUGAGACUCGUGUCCCACCAUGGCCCCAUGUGCCACCUCAUGGUGGCUUCCCACAAUGAAGAAUCUGUUCGCCUGGCAACUAAGCGUGCCCGCGGAUCCCGGAAGUCCUAGAUGGACGAGGAAUUGUCCCUUAUUUACUGGUGUGUGGGGAAGUCUGAUGGUUCCAGGAAAUGACUGGGACUCACUGGAAGUUCUUCAGGAGACUCACAGAGUGCUUAUUUAUCAUUGAGUUUGGAAGGACAGUUCCAUGGAUGACUGGUUUCUGGAACCACCCCCUCCCGCCUUGGAGAGCAAAUCCGUGGAUACCAAAAUCCUUGGGACACUCAAGUCCCUUGUCUAAAAUGGCAUAGUGUUUGCAUGCACAUCUUCUCAUAUACUUCAAAAAAAUUUUUUUAGUUGUAGAUGGACACAAUAACUUUAUUUUAUUUAUUUUUAUGUCGUGCUGCGGAUCAAACCUAGUGAGUGCCUCACACAUGGUAGGCAAGUGCUCUACCACUGAGCUACAACUGCAGCCCCUCGUAUACUUUAAAUCGUCUCUAGAUCACUUAUAAUAUCUAACAGAACAUAAAUGCUGUGUCAAUAGUUGUUAUGCUGUACUCUUUAGUGAAUAAUUACAAGGAAAAUGUAUGUGUUCGGUACAGUCACAGUUUUACAAUAAUAUUUUUCAUCCUUGGUUGGUCCAAUCUGAGGACGCCGACUCCAUAGAUACAGAAGACCAACUGCCCUUCAGUGUUGACUUUCCAGAACAACCUGUGUGUGUGCAAUGGCUGACUUGCAGCUUUAGAUUCAGUCACUAUCU